AUGCCCAUCACCAGUGAGCCAUACAAGACCGACAAGCCGGCUACUGAUCAAGCGGAACACCGAAUCCGCAUCACGUUGACUUCGCAAGAUGUCAAGUCACUGGAGAAGGUGAGCGGACAAUUGGUCUCGAGCGCUAAGGCUAAGGAAUGUAUUGUGAAAGGGCCAAUCUACAUGCCAACAAAGACGAUGCGCAUCACGACUCGCAAGACUCCAUGCGGUGAAGGCUCAAAAACUUGGGAUCGUUAUCAGAUGCGCGUGCACAAGCGGCUCAUCAACUUGCACUCUUCUUCCGAGAUGCUCCGCCAGAUUACGGCCAUCUCAAUCGAGCCAGGAGUUGAUGUUGAGGUGACGAUCGCCGAUCAA